AACAAGCAUCAGCAUUCAGCAGCAUUUUCAAAGUGGAGUAUACGGUUCUUCUCUCUACUGAAGAGCUAUAAUGAAAACGAAACGAGUGGAUAGCUUUUGAAGCUGCUCACAUAUUCGUUACUCAUCCACAAAAAUCAAGAAAAAUGCCCACCCCAAUUCCGAAUCUAGACUUUAUACAUUACCUAUUACAUUCCCCAAUUUCAUCAUAUCCCUACAAUUCCAACAACAUUAUUCUCUCUCUUCUAACACCAACAAAAUACACCAUCUUUUCCAAACUUAAUUUUGCCCCAGAAAAACCAUGUCUUUAACCAUUAAAUUACACAUUUCAAACUACCCUAAUUUCCUGCCUCAACCCAAUAAAUUACAUCAAAACCCCACCAAAAAUCUCCCCAAAUACAUAUACCAAACAAACCCAUUAAGACCCUUUGUUGUUUUUCAAAGGAAAAUGUCAUCAAUAUCAACUUCUUCAACCCAGAAAUUAACUAGGGUUAUCAAAAGUUCUUUGAUUGACCCAGAUGGAGGUUCAUUGAUUGAUCUUGUUGUGCCUAAAAAUGAGAGAGAUUUGAAGGUUUUAGAGGCUGAAUCAUUGCCAAAAGUUAGGUUAACAAAGAUUGAUUUAGAGUGGGUUCAUGUUUUAAGUGAAGGAUGGGCUAGUCCCUUAAAAGGGUUUAUGAGAGAAAAUGAGUAUUUGCAAAGUUUGCAUUUUAAUUCUUUGAGGAUGGAAGAUGGGUCUAUUGUAAAUAUGUCUUUGCCUAUUGUUUUGGCCAUUGAUGAACAAACUAAGGAGCAAAUUGGGUCAUCUUCAAAUGUUGCUUUGGUUGGCCCUAAUGGAGAUUUAGUUGCCAUUUUGAGAAGCAUUGAGUUAUAUAAACAUCAUAAAGAGGAAAGAAUAGCUAGAACAUGGGGGACUACUGCUCCUGGGUUACCUUAUGUUGAGGAGGUUAUUACGCCUGCUGGAGAUUGGCUCAUAGGUGGAGAACUGGAAGUACUGAAAGAAAUAACAUACAAUGAUGGUCUUGAUCACUACAGGCUCUCUCCUAAAGAACUUCGAAAAGAAUUUGAUAGGCGUGAAGCUGAUGCAGUUUUUGCUUUCCAGCUUAGAAAUCCAGUUCAUAAUGGGCAUGCUUUAUUGAUGAAUGAUACACGUAAAAGGUUGUUGGACAUGGGAUACAAGAAUCCGAUUCUCUUGCUACAUCCUUUGGGAGGUUUCACUAAGGCUGAUGAUGUGCCCUUGGAUGUUCGGAUGGAGCAACAUAGCAAAGUUCUAGAAGAUGGUGUUCUUGAUCCUGCGACUACUGUUGUGGCCAUAUUCCCAUCCCCCAUGCAUUAUGCUGGCCCAACCGAGGUACAAUGGCAUGCCAAAGCACGGAUUAAUGCUGGUGCUAAUUUUUACAUUGUGGGCCGUGAUCCUGCCGGUAUGGGUCACCCGACCGAGAAGAGAGAUCUGUAUGAUCCUGAUCAUGGAAAGAAAGUGUUGAGCAUGGCACCUGGACUUGAAAAGUUGAACAUCCUACCAUUCAGGGUGGCAGCAUAUGACACUGUAGCAAAGAAAAUGUCGUUCUUUGAUCCUUCUCGUGCUAAAGAGUUCCUCUUCAUUUCUGGAACCAAGAUGCGGACUUUUGCAAGAACCGGAGAGAACCCUCCUGAUGGCUUUAUGUGUCCUGGAGGAUGGAAAGUAUUGGUUAAUUAUUACGCGUCUCUCCAAGAGGAGGAGACUAAGCAGCCAGCUACAGUGUCGGCAUAGAUGCAUUAAGUUUGCUGUCUCCACAUAGGUUGAUCUAAGUGAUCAUGAGGUUCACAACGCGCAAGGCUACGAGUCCAUUAAGCUAGCAUAGGACAGUCGGAAAUCCUCCAGUGAACGAGUAUGGUGUGUUUACACUCGGGUUUUGCCUUUGUUAUUUUUCGUUUGUUUUCCUUAAUUGGUGCCUCUGCCUGUUCCCUCUUUUUUUGUUCUAUUUUUAUGGGGGAAGGGUAAUUUUAAUUUUAUGUUGCCUGAACAUAUGCGAUUGCUUCAUUGGCUGUUGAUUUUGUUAUUUUGUUCUUAAAUUUUUUGAUUACUAGGGUCCAGGAAUAUCAAAUUAUCAACUCAAAAAGAUGUGGUUGAUAUUACCACUCCAAGUUUUCUUACA